AGAAUCAGGGCAGGCGGAAUGAAGAUAAUUACCGUUUUUCUCUUACUUCAAGCGACAUUGAUCAUUUCCUAAUCGAAAAAUGUGAGAAAUCAAUUUCGGCAGCAAUGAAUAAUUUGUAAUAAUAGUUAAUUUCUGGAUACACUGAUGCUCUCAACCGAUAUCGAGUUCUCAUUGACGGUCUCUUCUGGUUAUUCGGUGAUAACAAUUAUAUUUGAAAUUCGAUAAGAAACCUACGAAAAAAACACGUGAUUUGGAUCUGGAUUCUGGAAAUUAUUCUAUACCUUUCCGAAUGGUUAAUUAAAAACAAAAAAAAAAUACUUAUUUCUAGACAUUGGUACACCAUAAAGCUAUAACUAUAGAGCUCAGAAGAAGCAAAACCAAUAGAAUACUACCAAAUAACAAGAAAUAUUAACGAAAAUAAAUAUUGCAAUUAUUUACACCAACAAAAAAAAUUGCAGUUUGACCUUAUUAAGUUUAACCAUGACAUCAAAUGAAACUGAAUACUCUGAAGACACAAACUUGGAUAAGAAACGUAAAAGUGAAAAUGUUGAGGAAAAGGUAAAAAAGAAAAAGAAGAAAUCCAAGGGUACUGAUGAAAUCGAAACGGAAGAGCAAGUUUCUAGAACAUCUGAGUGCUCGGAAAAUAAUGUUCAAAUAAAAUCUAAAAAAGUUAAAGAAUUGCCAACAGUCAGUAUUGCUGUACCUGGAUCCAUCUUGGAUAAUGCACAAUCACCAGAAUUCAGAACUUAUUUGGCUGGCCAGAUAGCAAGAGCUGCAUGUAUUUACAAAAUUGAUGAAAUUGUUAUAUUUGACGAUGUUGGCGAACAGACAAAUGUUAUGAUAUCGAAUAAAAAAACUGAAGGUGGGUCAAAAACGUGUAAACAAUUGGCUGUAAUUUUACAAUACUUGGAAUGCCCUCAAUAUUUAAGGAGAGUUUUAUUUCCCAUACACAAUUUUUUGAAGUACACUGGAGUGUUAAACCCGCUUGAUGCACCGCAUCAUUUUCGACAAGAAGAUAAUGUACCAUUUCGAGAAGGUGUUGUAUCUACACUUCCACCUAAAAAAGGAAAAGGAUGUAAUGUCGAUGUCGGUCUUAAAAAACAUGUAUUAGUUGAUAAAUGUAUUCAACCAUAUGUAAGGGUCACAGUAAAACUACUGCCGAAAAGUGAUGAAUCUAAACGCCAAACAGGUGUUGUUGUAUCGCCAAGUACUCCAAAAAAUGAAGCCGGGCUAUAUUGGGGUUACACUGUUAGAAAUGCUGACUCAAUAAAUGAAGUAUUCACCAAAUGCCCUUAUCAUAGCGGUUACGAUUUAAAAAUUGGAACAUCUGAUAAAGGUGUUAAUGUGGAUCAGUCUGAUCAAAAACAGUUAAGUCGAUACAAGCAUGCAAUCAUUUGUUUUGGAGGUGUUCAUGGACUUGAACAAGCUUUAGAAACUGAUACAGAAAUCAAUGAAGAACAGCCUUCCAAAUUGUUUGACGUUUACUUGAAUACUUGUCCCGGUCAAGGUUCAAGGACUAUAAGAACUGAAGAAGCUAUUUUGAUAACUUUAGCAGAAUUACGUUCAAAAAUGAAACUUAAGUAAAUUACUAUCCUUCAACA